CAUCGGAAAAACAUAUUCUGGAAUUAAUUUACUAGGAAUGCACAGGCAAUUCAUCGUUGUACAGCAGAUGCGAUCCAAUAGCGCCAUCUGGCGCUGUACUAAAGCUGAUCCGGUCUUUGUCAGCCAACCAGGAAAGAGGGUUUUGCUGUGAUCUGGACUGAGGCGGAUCUGACCAGAAACCUUUGUUCGGUCUCCCAUCUUCACGCGAGAACUAAAAAAAAGAACGCUUACACGCCCACGCUAGUCUGUUUGUUUUGUUCGGCGAUCGCGGAAAUUGUCUGUGUUUUUUAAACGCAAAAAAUGAACAGAGGUGAAUGAUUAGGAUCUGGAUUCUCCGUGCUCCUGGUCGCCACAGUCAGAGAGAACGUCGGUUUGGGUUUUGUUUCCUCCGUGUCAGCUACUAAAUGGAAAUAAACGGAGAAAAUGAACAUGGAAGCAAACGAGGUGUUGAUAUUCCUGUCACUUACCUGCGCCUUCUGGCUCCACCGCUGCAGCUUUUGUCCGCUGCAGUGUGGCAGGUCGUGCAGCAGGGGCGCGUGGAUCGCUUUGGGAUGCUGGAGGAAUUUGUCACCAUGGUGACAGAGCUGGUACCAGAGCUGAUGUGCUACAGUCAGAGGGCUCAGCUCAUCAUGGGACUCAGAGCCAGGCUGGUUCUGGAGAUGUGUCAAGGUGAGGAACCAGUGGACAUGCAGACCAUUCAGCCUCACCUGGACAGAAUUAAAGCACCAGUCAGCACUGCCAAAGAUCACCAUGUCACCAUCAACCAGGUGGAGGAGUCUGAGGUGAACUUUGUAGAGUUGGUGCAUUCAAUAUUGGAGGAUCCCUCAGAAAGGAAGUAUUUUUUUGAGGAAAUCUUCCCUGUGUAUUUUGGACCAAAGUUUGAUGAAGCACUUGAGAUUCUGUCGUGGGAAUUUAUAUCGAGGCUGGACAAACUGCUGCCAGUUCCUGAUUUUACCCAGUUGACAGCUGUGCUUGGAGAAACUCCAACAUUCCUGGACGAUUGUUUACAAUCUUUUCUGCCACCAGAAGAUAUCAAGGCAGUGCUCACACACCACAGGAAUCUGGGUCACCUCAAAGAGAAGGAUCCCCAAUUGCUACCCAUGGACAACUGUAUCCUCUCCUCCCUGUCUCUACCUCCUGGGACCAAGGCCAUAACGAGCACCUCCUCCUGCUCCUCUCCCGUCAAAGGCUCGACCUCUCCAGAGCAUGCAGCAACUUUCAACAGCCCCUUCAGUCUGAGCAGCCUAGAGCACUCGUUCAAGAGGAGCAUGGAGGCUAUGAGACAGGGCCUCAGUGGCAAAAAGGACACGGGUGUGACGCAGCUGCAAGGUAGAAGCCGGAGCAGCUCUCAGGAGAAGAAGAGGCAAAGUGCCGUUGGUGCACAUCCGUCAGAUGAAACCAUAGACCUCACAACACCGAAUGAGACCGAAGACGUCUUAGAAACCAAUGAGAGCUGCAGGGUGAUGGGUAGGGUUCUCAGGAAGAGGAAACAGAAAGAAGUUGCAGAGAUUCCCUCCAAGAGGCCUGUGGAUAAAGCAGCUUUAUUGUUCUUUGAUUCCUCGAUAGACGAUGAGAAUUCAGGUGAAUCUCCUCUCAUCUCCAUAUUAGGAGAAUAUACAGACUCUCAGGAAAAUCCUUUGCCUGUGGUCUCAGACAAGCUUCCCUGGUCUGAAGAGGAGACGCUUCACCUGCUGGACGUCUGGGGGAAGGACUCUGUACAGCGUGCGUUGAAAGGCUGCCUCAAAAAUCGUCACAUUUUCACGCAGAUUGCACAGAAGAUGGCAGAGAGAGGCUACGUCAGAUCAGUGGAACAGUGUCAGACGAGGAUCAAACGUCUGAAGAAGUCAUUCCGCCAGAAGAACAGAGGAGGCUCCAAGCAGGAGGGAAAGUUUUAUGAGAAGCUGCAGAGUAUCCUACAUUCUCCUGUUUCUUCGGCGGUUCCCGAGGUCACCUUUGAUGUGGAGGAGGUGGUGGAUGAAGACGAUGCUGAUAACGACUUGCAGUUUGUCAGCCCUGCUACACAACCAGAAAAAGCCACGAGAAGUGCUCCAUGGACAGACUUUGAAACAAUGACCCUGAUCAACAUGUGGGGCGAAGCUAAGAUGCAACAGGAACUGAGAGGAUCGUACAAAAAUUCUCGCAUUUUUUCCCUUAUAUCCAAAAAGUUGUCCUCCCACGGCUACUCCCGCACACCAGAGCAGUGUCAGACCAGACUGAAGAGACUGAAAACAAACUUUAGGCAGUGCUACCAAAACAAUUUGAGAGAACAGGAACAAAAUGAGUGCAAGUUCUAUAACGAACUGGGACAAUUUCUAGUAAAAGACUUCACUCCAGUGCCUCAGAUGAACAAGAUGACUGAAGAAUAUGAUGAUGACUUCUCUGCUUUUUCCCAGCAAGACACUGAGUCUGUUAUGGAAGUUCAAGAUGACAAGAAGAAAGUCCCGUGGUCUGACAAAGAGACCAUCAUCCUUUUAGAGAUAUGGGGGGAUGAACAGGUCCAGCAGACUUUGAAGCGCUAUCCACACAACGGUCACCUCUUCACACAAAUAUCAGAGAAACUGGCCACCAACGGGUUCUACCGCAGCCCAGAACAGUGCCUCACCAGGAUCAAACGUCUCAAAACCAGCUACCGCCUGUGUCAAGAGAGCCUCAGAUCGAGUGGCAACGACAAAGUGGAUUUCAAAUUUUAUGAUCUGCUGGAACAAAUCCUGGACAAGCAGCCGUCCACAUCCUCCACUAUGAUCACAGACUCCAUUGAAAUAUCUGAAGACUCCAACGAGGAAUCACUGAGUGAAAUGGAUGGAGGCAUCAGCAUGUCAACGGAAAAAUCAGCAAACAGUUUAUGGUCUGACCAGGAAACCGUGGCUCUCAUCAAUAUCUGGGGCGAAGAAGAUGUGCAGAAGGCGCUGAGGGGUUUCAUCCACAAUGGUCAUGUUUAUGGUGACAUUUCGGAGCGGAUGCAGAACCUGGGCUUCCCCAAGAGCCCAGAGCAGUGUCGCUGGAAAGUCAAAUCCCUGAGGAACAACUUUCGUCAAUACUACGACAGAAAGAAAAAUGGAGGCAAAGUGGAUUAUAAAUUCUACAACCAGCUGGAGCAGGUUCUGGGACAGGAAGCAGUUUCUAUAGAUGAGUUUGAUGAAAGAGAUGAAGAAGCAAAGCAGGACUCAGUGGGCGUAGAUGACAUGAAUGCACCGUGGACGGAACAGGAGACGGCCGCUCUCAUUGAACUGUGGGCUGCAGAUGCCGUGCAGCACAGCCUGAAAACCAGCGUCCGCAACAGUCACAUAUUUGCUGAAAUAGCAGAGACAAUGGCACAGAUGGGAUACGUGAGGACGGCCGAGGUGUGCCACUCCCGCAUCCAGAGGUUGAAGAAGACUUACAGGAGAUACUGCAGGAAAGGUGGAGGACGACCGUCUAUGUUCCAGUAUUUCCAUCUUCUGGCUCCCGUGCUUGGUGAUGACGUCGUGUUUCAGAAUGUGGACGGCACUGAUGCAGAGGCCACAUUACAGCCUUUCAUGGACCAGGACUCUGACCUGUAUGAAGAGCCUUCUACCAGUCUCCUGCUGCCAGACCAGGGCAGAAAGAUGACCUGGUCAUACCAAGAGACGCGCACGCUGCUAGGAAUUUGGGGAGAAGACGGUGUCCAGCAGACUCUGCGAGGCUGCCUAAAGAACCGACAUGUGUUCGAUUACAUCGCUGGGAAGAUGUGCGACCAUGGGUUUGUGAGGACCUCAGAGCAAUGCUACACUCGCGUCAAGCGCCUUAAACAUGCCUUUCAACAUGAGAGAAAUAACUUUAAGUUCUUCACGGAGAUGGAUGAAAUUUUCAGGAAGGAGUUAAAAGCAGACAGCUCCUGCGCUGACAUGUUUGCUGCGGAGGAUCCAGAUGACUGCGUUGAGACUGAAUUGAAUCAACAGACGGCUCCCACAAGUCCUCAGUGGCUACCAGACAGUACUAAGCUGGUCUGGAGGGACACGGAGACCGAAACACUGCUGGACAUCUGGGGCAGUGAGGAGAUCCAGGACAACCUAAAGAUCUGUACCAAGAACAAACACAUCUUCACUCAGAUCUCCCAGCUCAUGAGCACCAGAGGCUACAUGCGCAGCCCAGAGCAGUGUCAGACCAGGAUCAAGAGGCUAAGGGCUACUUUCAGACAGUUCCUGAAAAGCAGGAAAGGAGAGAAGCAGGAGUGCAAGUUCUUUGAGCAGCUGAUGAACAAUUUUGGUAACAAGUACACGCUGCCGUCAGACUGCCUGACUGAAGACACAGCAGACGUUGAAGAAUCAUGAAACUGUCCAGCCUGAAGACACUGCAGAACAGUAGGAGGAGACAGAUGCACAAAGGGAGCACAGAGUGGACAUAAAGGUGCAGUCCCUGUUUUUUUUUUUGUUUUUUUUUUACAGCACUGCUGUGUUUACAUGAGAUAAAGCUUCAACCAGAGCUGACUGGAAAUGAACCUCUUUGUGUAAAGUCCAAACACUGAACAUUGUACAGAUGCAGAGACCAACAGUACCUGAGGCUUUGGUGUGUGUGUGUGUGUGUCAUGUGUGUGCAUGUGCAGGGCUAUGUGUGUGUUUAUGUGCUAGUUAUCCUCAGAGCCAUGCCAAUAAUCCCAGGAUACUCAGGGUAAGGAAUCUUGACGUUAACCUGGUUUUAAAUUGUAAAUCUGUUCUUUUUUUCUUUGUUUGUUUGUUUUUUUUUGUAAUUAUUUUGUACAACAACUUAAAGCGAGCGAGUCUAAGCACAUGCAACAAAACGAAAGAGCAAAAAACGACACUAUGAUCCAGCAUCACUGUAACCACACUGACUUUUGACCCCCCUUUUUUUUGUAUCACUUUAAGACUCACAGUACUAAGUGAACAGUUUAGGCAGGUGUGAAACAGCAGUAAAGCAGUGGUUUCCAAAGUGGGGGCGCAAACCCCUUUCAAUUUUCUAUUUUCCCAAUUUGCAGCAAAUAAAGAACAGGUUGAAAUUCUGCGUCCCCGCCACCCACUUUGAGAAAGGCACGGCCUUAAGGGAAAUUGAAACGAUCAGUCUUUGGCUUCAGCUACAGUCUAUCCAUGAACACCACAGUUGUCGGACGAGUUAAGUCCCAGUGGUGUCCAACAGUUCUGAGGUGACAGUGCCGAUGAUUUAAAUCUACAGAAGAAAGUCUUCCAUGUUUUAACAUUCAUGUGAAAAUGGUCGUUGUCUGUUGUCUGUGGUUAAUGGUUCACGGGACGAUGAUCCAACAGAGAUCGAUCCUUCAAAUGUAGAGCCAAAGCACAGUCACAGCAAAUACUGAUAGAAUUUGGAUAUUCUCAUGUUCCUUCAAAUGAAUAUUUGUGAUAGUAUUCUUGAUUUACCACAUGCUUCACUACCUGCCAAAAACAGUACUGUAAAUAACUGUGCCUUUGCACAUAAAAAAAGCUAGGUAGAGAAUUUUGUUUUUUAUAUCCAUUAAAGAAAAACUUGAUUUGAGUUGUUUUCCUGACUUAAUUAUAAUGUAUGUAUUUAAUUUUACAUGGAUGUAAAUGUUAACACACUGUUCACAGAACAAAACAUCACAUUCCAUUGCCAAACUUUUAUGUCUAUAAAUUUUUUUUUUUUUCUCAAACUGAGUUAAAAAGAACAAGAAAAUAAACUUGAAUGAAUU